AUGUGCUCUCUAGAUGAUGUGGUUUUCUCGGAUAGAGAAGAUGAAAACGACAAUGACGAAGAAAUCGAAAAAGAAGAAAAAGAAGAAAAAGAAGAAGAGUAUGAGGAAUUAGAGUUGGAAAACUUGGUUUUACCCGAAAAUCUGACGUCGAUUAGCCGUACCUUUCGCCGACGUGUCAUCCAGUUUGUCAGUUUAUGAUCCAUUGACUUUCACCGCGUACGAGGUGUUCCAAAGAAAAGUUGGAGAUUGUGGUCUUGUUGCUGCUUUGUCUGCAAUUUCCACAAAGCCUGAAGUUAUCAUGAACAUUUUUGAUUCACUGCAACUAUCGAAAUACGGUGUGUAUAAAGUAAAACUGUUUGUGGAUGGUCAAUGGAAAACUAUCAUCAUUGACGAUUAUUUUCCGUAUACAACAGAUGACAUGAGAAUCGGAGCUACCUCUGGAAAACAGAUAUGGGCAGCGCUUAUUGAAAAAGCUCUUGCUAAGGAACGUGGUAAUUAUAAAGGAAUCACGGGAUUUCAAAAUCAGUCGGCAUUUUCUGCUCUUACUGGAUCACCUGUGUUGUCCAUACUGACGACCAGAAUUUUAAAAGAACUUCGCAAACACUGGAAGAUACUUAUGGACUACAAGUAUGAAUUUCUCAAAAUUUUAAUUGGUGUGGUAAUUUUUCAGAAAAAUCAAUAUCCGAUGGCAUGUGAAACAACUAUUCAAAGACGCAAUGGAAUACUUUCAAAACAUGUCUACACUAUUAUGGAUAUUGUUGAAAGAGAUGGGCACAAACUUCUUCUUCUCAGAAAUCCAAGUGGAGGCAGCGUUUGGACUGGAAAUUGGUCAAAGGAAUGGGAAUGGUGGCCCGAGAAUAUGAAAGAUCUCUUGGAAGGAAUGAUUCGAGGAUCUUUCUGGAUUUCGUGGGAUGACUUUUUAACUAUGUUUACUUUUAUUCAUGUUUGUCGUUAUCGUUCGAAUUGGUUUGCAUAUUAUGCCAAAGUGUUUCUUAAAUAUCCACGUGGUUACACGUUCCCGGUAAUCAAAAUCAAUGUCCCGGAAAAGUGCACAAUCUGUAUUUCGGCGGUGGACGACUGGAUUUCUCGUGUGAAGUCUAGCUGGAUUACGGUGCACAUGGAUGACAAAAACUAUGAAUCGGAUAUUAAAAAAGUUGUUGCGUGUGAGAUCAUUGAUGAUUCAACUGGGGAUAUUGAUUUGGAACCUGGUAGCUACGUUAUUACAGUGAAUAAACUGAACAACUCGCCCAUAGGCAAACGAGAUAUCUCAAUUCACUCUUCCCGACCAAUUUCGGUCAAUGAAGGGUUUUUGGUAACAAGUGAAGAUGGUGAACAUAUAAAAUAUGUAGUGGAUAAGUUUGGACAGGAAAUUGUGAAAGAGCCGAAGGAUAAAAUGAGCAUUAAAAAGUACACUGAUAAUAAUUCCACAUUUAUCGCUGUAGUUGCAUGGAACUUCGCAUAUGAUCAGUUUCUACAUGUUCAUUUGCGUUACUCAAUCACCGAUGAACAAUUGGUCUCUAGAAGUUUAGAAGACAAUCAAACAGUUGAUGUUAUUCCUCCAAGGGGUGUUCAGAUUUUGGUAGUAAUCGAACAAUAUGCAAUGCCGGAGAUUGUGGAUUUCCCAAUUGACAUUGAUUAUAAACUUUCAAAAGAUGUUGAUUCAACAAUCAAUGGAAUCAAAAGAGGAUGUCAUCUUCCAGAAAUAUCUUCAUCUCGAUUCUUAGAGCAAGUUCACCGUGAGGAGCGAAUUUCCGUGGCUGACUGUUUUCUGGAUCUUCCAAGCAAUUACUGUCAAAAUUGA